AUGUCCAUCUUAGGUGAAAAUGGAGGUUGCGCUUAUGAUAUCAGGCGUGCUUUUGCUAAGACUCUGGCAAAUAGCAGUUUGGGACCCUGUGCCAUCAGCCUCAAUUUACAGAUGAUGGUAGGUGCUUUUCAUGGGCAUGCUCAUAACCGACACUGCCAAUUGGACUGGCACCCAAUGUAUAUUGAUGGCACUGGCCAUACGGAGGGCAAGGGGGCGAGCAUGUGUUGUGUCUUCAAAUGA